GUGCCACAUUCCACUGUAUGAUAUGUUUACUUCCGUCAAUAUUUCCAGAGGAAAGCUGCGUUUCUCAAUACAACAACGGAAUCGCUCUCUCAUGAUUUAACGUUAAUCGUGGCAAUACAACAGUACACACACAGGUAACUAGCAGCUAGCUAGCUACACAAACAGCAACUGUCUUCUUGCACACUCCUCGGGUGAAGGAUGCCUUUCUUGGGCCAGGACUGGAGGUCGCCAGGAUGGAGCUGGAUCAAGACCGAGGAUGGCUGGAAGAGGAUCGAGUUCUAUGGAAAUGAAUUGGGAGACAACAACAACGGAAUAGACUUGGAAGAGCUCUGCGAUGAAAACAAAGAGAAUCUGUUUACUGGAAAUGUGUGCGAGGUAGCUGCCAAAAAGAGGAAAAAAGACUUCUACAACAACAACACCAAAUCACAGUUUGUUUACCAGGAGAAGUGGAUCUAUGUUCAGAAGGAGAGCACGAGAGAGAGACAUGGAUACUGCACGCUAGGGGAAGCCUUCAACCGUCUAGAUUUUUCCAGUGCCACUCAGGACAUCCAGAGAUUUACCUAUGUGGCAAAACUCCUCCAGCUCAUAGCCAGGUCUCAGCUGCCGUCCCUCAGUGGAGCAGCUCAGAAGAACUACUUCAACGUGCUGGAGAAGAUCGUACGGAAGGUUCUGGAGGACCACCAUAACCCUCGCCUUAUCAAGGAGCUGCUGCAGGACCUGAGCUCCACCCUGUGCAUCCUGACCCGGGGCAUGGGCAAGUCUGUCCUGGUGGGCAACAUCAACAUCUGGGUCUGCAGGCUGGAGACCAUCCUCAACUGGCAGCAGCAGCUCAACAACCUGCAGAUACCCAAGCAACUGUCCAAUGGGAUUACGCUGCGUGACCUGCCACUAGACAUGCAGAACAACAUCCUGUACAAGUUCGCCGACGCCUGUGACAUCAUCAACCUGGGACAGGCUACGCCCACGCUGCACAUGCUCAGUGAGGACCGGCACCUGUGGAAGAAGCUGUGCCAGUUUCACUUUGCAGAGAAACAGUUCUGCAGGCAUCUGAUCCUGUCAGAGAGGGGCCAUGUGGACUGGAAGCUCAUGUACUUCACCUUACAGAAAUACUACCCCAAGAGAGAGCAGUACGGAGACACACUGCACUUCUGCAGACACUGUAGCAUCCUCUUCUGGAAGGACCGCCACCUGGCCUUAUUAUUCAAGGACUCUGGACAUCCUUGUACAGCCAACGAUCCCGACAACUGCCUCAUGCCUGUUUCCCCUCAGCACUUCAUAGACCUCUUCAAAUUCUAGACCUCCUUUUGGUACUCCAGACCAGGAGAGGGUUAACUUUUACCCCCUCCUCUCCUCACCUCUCCUCUCUGUGUAGUGUUUUUUUACCCUUAAAAAACAAAGGGCUCAGAGGAAGAAGACGUGUUUUGUUAUUUCAUGUUUUUCUGCACAUUUUUAACUCUGACUAAAAACAACAAUAUGAGAGAGGAAAAGAAGAGAUGACAUUACGUUUUUGAGUGUUGUAGAUGGGAUAAACGGUGUCUGAUGCAUCUAUGGCAUUAAAGAGAACUGCAGUGCUCAUUAUUGACACCUUGUUGGGAAAUAACUGAUUAUUCCAUAUGAUGGCUUGGUGGCCAUUUUUAGGCUAGUUUGCCUACUGUUUUUUGUUUGUUUCCUUGGUAACAGAAUGCAUGUCCAGUGUAGUUGUAGGUCUCUCUGUCCUUCUGUGUAUUUUUGCCGUGCUGUGCAUAUAAGGCGUCAACACUAAAAAUAAAUGUACAUGUUUGUUGUAACAAUUA